AAUGGACGAGAACAAAACAGCUGAUGGGUAAAAAUUAAUAAUAAAUAUAGUUCUGAGUAAGUAGUGAUCUUUGAAGAAAAAAUCACUAAAGUAAAUGGAGAAGUGGCAAUAAAGAGAUAUUAGAGAGGAAAGUUUUUAGGAAAGGGUGGUUUUGCUAAGUGUUAUGAAGCAACAAAUUUAGAGACCAAGAAAGUUUUAGCAGCCAAGAUAAUUGCUAAAAGUAGUUUAACUAAGAAUAGAGCUCGUUAGAAAGUAAUUAUAUGAUUUAAUGAAUUAGCUUAUUUCUGAAAUAAAAAUACACAAAAGUUUACAAAAUACAAAUAUUGUUCAAUUUGAACAUGUAUUUGAGGAUCACGAAAAUGUAUACAUUUUAUUAGAGUUAUGUUCUAAUCAAGUAACAAUCAUACAUUUAAAUUAGACUUUAAAUGAAUUAAUAAAAAGACGUAAAAGACUUACAGAAAUUGAAGUAUAAUGCUAUGUUGCAUAAAUAAUCAAUGCAUUAAAAUAUUUACAUGCAAGUAAUGUAAUUCAUAGAGAGUAUAUUUUAUUUAUUUAUAUUUUAAGUCUCAAAUUAGGAAAUCUAUUUCUUAAUAAAUCAAUGGAAUUGAAAUUAGGAGAUUUUGGUUUAGCAACAAAAUUAGAAUUUGAUGGAGAAAAGAAAAGAACUAUUUGUGGAACACCUAAUUAUAUUGCUCCUGAAGUUUUGGAUGGAAAAGUUGGUCAUUCAUUUGAAGUUGAUGUAUGGUCAUUGGGAGUUAUAAUAUAUGCAAUGUUAAUUGGAAAACCACCCUUUGAAACACCAGAUGUUAAAACUACAUAUAGAAAAAUCAGAUUGAAUUCAUAUACUUUUCCAGAACAUGUACUUAUUUCUGAUGCAGCUAAAAAUCUCAUUACUAGAAUUCUUAAUUUAGAUCCAGUUAAAAGACCCACAUUAGAUGAGAUUAUGGCUCAUCCAUUUAUGAAUACUGGUGGUUCUAUUCCAAAAACUCUUCCACUUUCUACUCUUGCUUGUCCUCCUUCAGCAUCUUAUAAUAAAUAAUUCUAACCAUCCACAAAUUAAAGUAGUCUCAAAAUGUCAGUAAAUGCCAUGCCAUAAAGAUUAACUGAAACUACUCCAAAUAAUUAAAAAAAUCAAUAAAGACCAGGUAAUGGUUCAUCUGAUCGUUUUCCAUGUAUUUAUUUAUUAUUAUUAUUCUUUAAGUGUAAAAACCUAGUUCAAGUGGUAAUAUUUUAGAGGAUAACUUUGGAUCUAGUGGUUUAAAUAAUGCAUAAAAUGCUGGUUAUGGUGGAUCCCAAAGACCUUAAUCAUAAAAACCAAAUGAUAUUAGAAGUAGUCAAAGUUAAAAAACACUUAAUACUCCUUUUGGUGGUACUGGAAUGCAAGGUACACAUUCUGUUAAUAAUCUUGGAUAAAGAUAACCAUAAUAAAAAUAAGAAAUAUAUGUUAAAAAAUGGGUUGAUUAUUCUAGCAAAUAUGGAUUGGGUUAUCUAUUAAGUAAUGGUGCUACAGGAGUCUUUUUCAAUGAUUCUACUAAAAUUAUAUUAGAUACAAAAUCAUUAUAAUUUGAAUACAUGGAAAGAAAAGGAACUGAUAAAUAAGAUUUUUGUGAAUCACAUAAUUUAAAUGAUUAUCCUAGAGAAUUAUAAAAGAAAGUUACUUUACUUCAACAUUUUAGAAGUUAUCUUGAAGGUGAAUAAAAUAAAUAAGAUAUGGCAUUUGAAGAAUAUGAUAAUAAAUAAUUAGUUUAUGUUAAAAAAUGGAUGAAAACAAGACAUGCUAUUAUGUUUAGAUUAUCAAAUAAAAUUGUCUAAGUAUUUAUAUAUUUAUAUAAUUAGGUUAAUUUCACUGAUAAAACUGAGAUUAUUUUAUCAUCAGAACACAAAAUGGUUACUUAUGUAAAUAAAACUGGAGAAAGAAGUCAUUAUCCUUUAGCUACUGCUCUUGAUAGUUAAAAUACUGAAAUGGCUAAAAGACUUAAGGUAAUCAUAUUCAUUUACCUCCUUUAAGUAUACUAAAGAAAUCUUGACUCACAUGCUCAAUGGCGGUCAUACAGGCGAUCAAAAACCUAACUAAAUGACUGGUACCAAUUGGUAAAAUUCUGGACCAUGAA